GGUUGGGCCUGGGCCGCUCCUUCUGCGCGUGCGCACUCACUCACUGAGGCAGAGGAGUCGAGUGGAAGCAGGCCCGGGCCCUUCUCCCUUCCUUCUUCCCUUCUUCAGGGCGCGAUGGCGGAGGGCGGUCGGCCCCAGCGGAAGAUGUCCCGCGCCGGAGAGAGCCUCUACCGGGUGCUGGGCGUGGAGAAGGGCGCCUCCUCGGAAGACCUCAAGCGGGCCUACCGGAAACUGGCGCUGAAAUACCACCCGGACAAGAACCCAGACAACCCAGAAGCGGCCGAGAUGUUCAAGGAGAUCAACAACGCCAACACCACCCUCAGCGAUGAGAACAAGCGGCGGAUCUACGACGAGUACGGCUCCAUGGGGCUCUACGUCUCGGAGCAGUUUGGCGAGGAGAGCGUCAAGUACUACUUCCUCAUGUCCAAGUGGUGGUUCAAGCCACUGAUGGUCUGCUGCAGCCUGGUCACCUGCUGCUGUUGCUGCUGCUGUUGCUGCUUCUGCUGCGGGAAGUGCCGCCCCCCGGAAGACGAGGAGGCCUACAAGUACGUCAACCCCGAAGACCUGGAGGCCCAGAUCCGGGCAGAGGACGAAGGUGCCAUCCGGAUGCAACCCACAGCCGGCGCCUCCGUGCACACCACAGACGAGACCCAGACCCGCAAGCCCUGACCAGGGUCAUGCUGCCGGUCACCCCAGAGCCCCCCACCUUCUGCAGCCAUUCCAGAGAGGCCCGGUCCCUGAGCGCCGGCUCCGGCCUGCCACUGGACUCUGGGGCGGAUGGGCCAGCGUUCCCUCUCCCCCUGGACUGUGAGGCCUGCCAUUUGGGGGGUGUGCUUGCCCCCCCCCAAGGUGGGGUGAGGGCCUCGGACCCCGGGCCCCUCCCAGGCCCCACUAGCCUUCUUCUUCUCAGGGAACAGCGCCAAGGGCUUGUGCGGAUCUCGCCCAAGAGGAAGAGGAGGAGGAGGAAGAGGACCCUCCUCUCUCUGCCUCUCUCCCCACAGCCAAGAAGCGGCUCGUGGGGCCCCCUUGGCCUGUCUUUGCGUGGCUUCCCUUCCUUCCGGCUUUCCUUCAGGCCAGGGAUGGGUGGAAAAGAGGGGCUGGGGUGUCCCCCCCCCACUCCCUGCCUCGCUUGUCCCUCUCAGGCCAGGCUGCCCUGUCCUUGACUUAUGUGGCCUGGGGUGCUGACCAGCGCUUGACCAUGCCCUCUGCAGCUUGGCCCAGCUUGCGGCAAUGACAACGAGCGAGUGAGCGGGGUGUAUGUGCGGAAGGGGCAGCCCCGUCCCCUCCCUCCCUCCCGCCUCGGUGCCAAACUGCAUCCCGUGGGACCCAGAGGAAGGGUCGAGGCCUGAGCCCUGCCCUUUGCGACUGGGGCCUCGGAAAGGCCACUCCGGCCACUGUGAGGCGGCUGCUGCUGCGUCUUGGCCGCCCGCUCCUGUGGGGCAAGCCCUGGACGAAGGGCCCUUUUCACACUGUGACAAAUGCAUUUUAUGAUGAUGAUGAUGAUGAUGUCAAGGGUUUUGAUCUUCUGCACAAUUAAAGGUUUCCAAAAGAAA